AUGUUCAAGGCCUUGUACAAAGAGUUGCAAAAAGAGCUUCUAACUGCUCACAAAAAAGUGCACUUGCACCGCUGGAAGAAAGACUUCGAAAAGAACAAGGCGAGGUUGACGUACGACAAAAUGCAGUUGAUUCGCUCCCGUCAGUCGGCGGAGAAAGUACAGGCUCAGCUCGAUGCUCUUGAAUCGGGGAAGGCCGAAAUUCCUCCUCUAGACAGCUCCAAGGUGAGGAACCUUCUAGACUCCAAGGAAGACCUCCAUAACUUGCAGAAUGUGACAGCCUACUUGAAGAAUCAAAGGGUUUACAACGAGCUUCUUGAAAGAUACAAUCCCGGCUUGACAAUGAGCCAGGGCGACAACGUUCGGAAAACCGCCAACAUGGUGGGGUUGUCCAUUCCCGAAAAAUAG